UAUCUUCCCAUUGUUGUUUAGGACUGCAAUUGAUCAGUCUCUUGUGGUAUAUGUUCAUCCUGCACGGAUUACCUCGAUAUCGCCUUAAGUCACAAGCUUUAUAAACAAAGAUGGAUGGUGGCCUGGAAGAAACGCGCGUCCUGAAUUCAACUGCUAGCUACCAUCCAUCUUUUCUUAAUUCAUUUCUGUCUAAAUAUAUAAGAAUUGUUAACUUUUAAACUGCACAUGUGGCAUGUAGCCUUGUACAUAAUUGUUUAGGAGGUUGGGGGGCAUAUAAUAUUUCAGUUAGUUUCAUUUGUCAGACAUCUUCCUACAGUACCUGGUUUUACCCCGACUAGUAGCAAAUAAUAAGUAGACUUUCCAUUAUUCAGGGCUCAGGUCCGUAUUGUGCUUAUUAUACUUGGAAAUGUCCUGUGUUUUUAGUAGAUGUUUCUGUUUCAGUGUUUGUUUGUAUAAACAUUGCUUCUAAAUUUUACAAUCGUCGUGAAAGCAUCAAUACACCAUUAGUAGUGACUGAUAAUUGUUAAAUUUUGUUUUUGUCCUCUUUCAGCAAUGUGUUCCUUUCAACAGGUGCAGCUUUCGAUUUUGGGUUUGAACUGCGUUUAGUAUUGCUUUCGACGAACUGGUUCAAAGUACAUCUAUGAUCGAUUCUAGUGGUCUCAAAACUUAUUUACUUUAUUUUCGUACUUUAAAUGUUUUUAUGUUCGUAUGCUCUAUUAAUUAUUACGUGGUAAGAUCGUCAAUCGCAACACCGACUUAUGCGACCUUGGCUCUGUGCCAAACCAAUGACGUGUUGAUCAGCCAAUUCUGAUUCCUUAUUGGUUUUUCUCGUCUAACCUAGCUGGUUUAGCCCAUAACACCAUAUAACAGCUUCCACUAAAUUAAUCGUGUAUUUCGAACAUCCUUGACUUAUAUACAAACAAACCUGACCACAUUAUACCGUAAAAUAGAAAAUGGCAAUUAUACAAGAUCAAGUCGAAAAGUGGCUGUGAUCGUAAGAGACUGUAACUAAUAAAUUGGGAAUAACUUAAGAAGAGUAAAUCAUAUAGUGGUAGUCAAUAAGUCAAAAGGAAGCAUAUAAUAAGAGGAAUAUAAAUAUACGUAUAAUAUAGUUACUUAAUAGUUAUCCAAUAAGAAUGUAUGUAAUAAUAGUCCAUAAAUGAUUCUUAGCAGUUACCACUCAUUUAUUCUUCGUUAGGACAUAACAGUUUUUAUUAUACUUUCAAUGGUAAGGUUAUUUUAAUGAACGUUGAAAAAUUGUUAGUAAUUUUGAAUACAUUAAAUAUAUAUUUGGGUACUUAUCAAAGUUCCCCACUAUCUUUUCUGUAAUAAUCUGUUGUUAAACAUUUUAAAAUCAAGAGUCACAUUAAUAACUAUUGAUUGUAGUUUCAUUUGAAACUAUACAACUGUUUGUUUUCUGUAUAGUUUGAAUCAUAUACUGUUAACAUGUUAUUUUGUAAAUUUCACAUACAUGUACAUGCAUCAAUUGUUAAUCGUUUUUGAGGUAGCUAGAAAAUAAAGUACAUAUUGUAAAGAGAACAUGUGCUAAUUUACUUUUAUUAUUACUAUUUUCAUUACUUUCAUUUUAUUUAAUCAUACCAUUUAUGCUAUAGUGAAUCAACUAACAAUCAAUUCCAUGUAUGUAUUCAUUGUAUAAUACUGUUUAACUGUCUAGAUUAUUCAUAUUGUCAAAGCCCAUUACUAAAUGUACUGUGUAUAAAUUAUUUUGAAAAUUUACCAACUUCUAAAUAAAAUUAAGUUAUUUUGCACUUGUUACUAACUUUAUAUGUUUACCUUUAGUUAUGCUGACGAUCUUAGUGUAUGUGCAAUAUAAAAUUAUUAUUGUUAUUAUUAUUAUCAUUAUUAUUGUGUAUGUUACCAACUUAUUUUACAAUAGGAAUACAACUUCUCCAUUAUUUCUUAAUGUUGAUCCAUCGAAAAUUUAAUUUACCAACAUCAUUGUACAACAAUUAUCGCUUGUAUUUCAAAAAUAUUGUCUCAAAUCGACAUAAACAAAAUUUUCCAAAUAUUCAAUGCAGAUCUAGUUAUUCAGCUAAAGUAAAAAAUGCUCACUCAAUAAUAUUAUUGGAUACGACAAAAUGUAAUGAGAAUAAGGUGAUAUGUAAAAAUGUCAAAUUAAUUGGAUGGGUUCAAUCUGUUAGAAAGCAUAAAUCUUGCGUAUUUUGUAAUAUAUCCGAUGGUUCUUCACCUUAUGAUUUGCAAGUUGUUAUUUUGCCUAGUGAAAUUACUGAUAAGAUAACCGUUGGUUGCGCUUUGUCAGUUGAAGGUGACAUCUAUCAUAUUCCGAAUAUUCUAAAAACAUCUCAAUUGUCAAUUGAUAAACCUACUGUUCAGUGUUGUGGUGAAUUACGCGCUAAGAUUGUUAGUAUUUUGGAUACUGAGAAUCAACUUGGAGAAUUACAACCUGAAAAGUCAAUUAACAAUGCUUCUCUUCCUUUUAACCACAGUGUUCCCACAAUAAAUCGAGGGAUCAGUUCACUCGGUCCUCAUAGUCCACGACCUGAUUUAGGAGUUUUACGCUCAGUUGAAGCAUUAUCAAUGCGUCAUCGACUACCUGAGUUUGGCGCAAUGCUUAGAAUGCGUGCCCAUAUUAAGCGAAUAGUUAGAAAAGUGAUGAGUUCAUGUGACUAUUUAGAGGUUGAUACUCCAAUCCUCACUUCAACAGAUUGUGAAGGUACUGGUCAGAUGUUCGAAGUUCAAGCACCUGCACUUAAUGAGACUAGGGAAUCUGAUAGUUCAAGUGUAUAUUUAACCGGUAGUGCUCAAAUGCAUUUGGAAUCUCUUGCUUUAGGUUUAAGUAAGGUUUAUACAUUGAAUCCAACAUUUCGAGCUGAGAAUUCAAAUACCAGAUAUCAUCUUGCAGAAUUUUAUAUGCUUGAAGCAGAGUCAAUUUACUUAGAUAAUCUUGAUUCAUUAUGUAGAGAAAUUGAAAUGCUAAUUAAAAAGAUUUUAAUUGAAUGUUUAGAAAUUUAUCCUAUCUCAGAAUGUAAUGAACUCAAUGCUUUACAAAAUGAUUUAGUGUUGAUUCGAACAUUCCUUGGUAAUCAAUCUGAAUCUGAUAGUCAUUGCAAACGUUUGCUAAUUGAUUCUGCUCUGGGGCUAAGAGAUGUUUUGGAAACAAUGCUGAAACAACCGUUUAUUCACAUUUCUUAUUCUGAAGCUAUGGAGUACUUGGAUAAAGAAAUGGAUACAGUUGAUCUUACUACCUCAAAACCUCGGGAUUUGAACAAAAAAGAGGAGCACAGAAUCCUAGAUUGGGUUGGAGGGAAUCGUCCUGUCUUUAUUACUCAUUUUCCCAUGGAACUUAAACCAUUUUACUGUCAGUCAGUUGACGGUAUUAAAGCUGAGUGUGCUGAUUUGUUAUUUCCAGGGAUCGGUGAACUAGUUGGGGCCAGCGUCCGUGAGAAUGUUGCUUCUCGCUUACAAACACGCAUGAAGUCCAAUCAGUCGGAUUGGUACAUUAAUUUACGUGGUACUGGUAGUGUUCCUCAUGGUGGUUUUGGUCUUGGCUUUGAGCGCCUUAUGCAGUUUGUUUUGGGGAUAGCUAACAUUCGAGAUACAAUAGCAUUCCCAAGAAAUACGAAUAAAAUUAUUUUCUAAAAAUGCCUUUUACUUUAAAAGCUACAUAUUGAUGAAUGGUAAUCGUUAAAGUCUCUUCCAGUUCCAUAUUCAGUUAAAUCAGACGGUUAUUAUUCGAUCUUAUCAGACAAAUUUCAAAUCAUUCUAUGUAUAAUAAUAUUGAGUCUAAAUUUUGCUAGGUACUUCAAAUAAAUGCACCAAGCCGAUAAUUUAGUCCCAGAGGGGUAAUUAUAAUUUAACUCAUAUCUGAUUCAAUCUUCGAGACAUUGUGAAAGUUUCGGUGCAACAACUUGUCAUAAAAAGAAAACACCGAUAUGUUUUUUAAAUAGCUUGUCCCAAUCCUUAUGCUCUUCUUUAUUGAAAGCUACAAUAUUCAAAUGUUUUAAAGUAGAAUGUCCGUUUAAUUUUGGAGGAUACGAUGUAAAGGUACGCUUUAUCAAUAGAUUUUGAACUAUAGUAACCAUGUGAGUUAAUAUUUAUCACCACUAAGGGAUUGGGUCCGCUCGCAACAAAAUCUUCACUAAUUUGUGUUUUUAAAUCCUUUAUGGAAUGUGAGGUACCUCAGAGUUAUGUGUUUCGUUCCUGGGUAGA